AGUUUCUGAUUUGAUUCAUUAGGAACCAUUUUGACUUCAAUUUCUCCAAAUCUUUACCUAAUAUUUAUUAUCAUCUUUACAAAAUUUCUGGUUCAAAAUCUUUCCUUGGUUGAAGUAAAUCAUCUUCAACUUCUCCACUCAAUUUCCUUCAAUUUUUGAUUCACCAGCAGCUCAAGAACCUCAAUCUACUUGAUAACUUCAUCAACUCACUAUGGAAACUCCCUACCCAAAACCCAUUUCUCCCACCAAGACCCGCGUCGGCUGGAUCGGCAUCGGCGCGAUGGGCGCAGCCAUGGCCUCUCGCCUUCUCUCCGCCGGCUACUGCCUCACCAUCUUCGCUCGAAACCCGUCAAAAGCCCUUCCUCUCCAAUCCAAAGGCGCCACUCUCGUGAACUCCCUCCACGACGUGGCUCGAUCGAGCGACGUCGUCUUCACCAUGGUGGGAAACCCACAAGAUGUUCGAUCCGUUGUCUUAGAGAACAACGGUAUUCUUUCCGGGCUAAACCCUGGUGCUGUACUCGUUGAUACUACUAGUAGCCAUCCUGCUCUUGCUCGAGAAAUCUUUAAAGCCACUCGUGAUAAAGAUUGUUGGGCUGUGGAUGCCCCAGUUUCCGGGGGUGACAUUGGCGCAAGAGAUGGAAAAUUAGCUAUCUUUGCGGCGGGUGAUGGCGGGGUUGUGGAGUGGUUAUCGCCAUUGUUUGAAGUAAUGGGGAAGCAUACGUAUAUAGGCAAGGCGGGGUGCGGGCAAAGCUGCAAAAUUGCUAAUCAAAUUGUGGUGGGAGCGAACUUGAUGGGGCUGAGUGAAGGACUGGUGUUUGCAGAGAAGGCGGGAUUGGAUGUGAGGAAGUGGAGAGAAUCAGUGAGGGGAGGCGCGGCGGGGUCAAUGGUGAUGGAGUUGUUUGGGGAGAGAAUGAUUGAGAAGGACUUUAGGCCAGGUGGGUUUGCAGAGUAUAUGGUGAAGGACAUGGGAAUGGGUGUGGAUGUAGUGGAGGAGAGCGAGGUUGAGAGAGUGGUGGUGUUGCCUGGUGCUGCAUUGGGCACGCAGAUGUUUUCGGCAAUGGUGGCGAAUGGAGAUGGGAAGUUUGGCACUCAAGGGCUUAUUUCUGUUAUAGAAAGGAUCAAUGGCAACCCUGAAAUGCUUGACCCUGGAAGAGGAGGACGUGCUCGCAGCAAGCGUCUUUGCCCUGCAACUUUUAAUACUUGCCCUCCGGUUCAACUUAUCUCACCGACUUCCUCAGUCACUGAGGCGCAGCAGCCCUUUGUUGCCCCUAAGGUCCCCUCUGAUUCUGAGAAUUUUGCUGAGUCUCACCUUGUGGCCAAUAUACCGAAGCAAUUUAACUCUGAGUAUAAGAAGAGAGAGAUCAAAUUUACAACUCUCCAAGAUUCUACCAAGAAUAAUAAAAACCAACCAACUCAAGCAGUUAGGAAAUGCAUGCAUUGUGAGAUAACAAGGACACCACAAUGGAGGGCAGGACCGUUGGGACCGAAGACCCUUUGCAAUGCAUGUGGUGUUCGUUACAAAUCAGGCAGGCUCUUCCCCGAAUACAGGCCUAGAGCCAGCCCAACAUUUGUUCCAUCCUUGCACUCCAAUUCCCAUGAGAAGGUUCUUGAAAUGAGAAGCAAAGGUGGUGAAAAACAUGCAAUGGGAGGGAUUGAGAAAAUGAUAACCAAUUCCCAGGAGCUGAUUUCUAAUAAGUAACAACCUUGCAUUGGAAUACAUUUGAGGGAUGGAAUGGUGGAAUUAGAAGCAGUAGGCAACCAAUAUUUUAGCUAGUAGAAGAGAAGAGAAGAGGACUGUAGUGAGACAACUGAAAAAAGGGUUAGAGAGAAAGGAAGUUUAAGGGUAGUAAAGUUUUAGAUUUAGUGAUGAGUUAGGCCCUUUAGGCCCUUUAGAUGUUGAGUUCUUGUGUUUCUGUCUUUUAUUUUUUGUAUUCUUUUUCUUGUUCUUCCUUUUCAAUGUUUAAAUUUUAG